AUUGACACAACUGGCUACUGAAGGCGGGAUAUGCAUGUUCAGCAGUGUUGCGGUCCAAGCGCAUAAACUGUAGCGAUUUUGAUGAUUAAAAUUAGCGAGCAUCGAAACCAAAUGAGUAAUAAGGCAAUACUGCAAGUAUUUAUACAUUUUUAAAUAUGUUAAUAGUAGAUACGUAUGAAUGCAGGUUUUUAAUUAAUUUUCAGCUGUACAUUAAUAGUUAUAGCAUCUUUAUGAUAUUAUCUUAAUUUAUCUUGUACAUUGAUUAGAUUUUCCUAAAAGGAACUCUUUAACUUAUUAAUUCUACAAAAUAAAAUAAUAAAAGAUUGUCUUUGUAUAUCUUUCUAAUAUUCUUGUCACUUGGACCAAACAUACAUUGGUCUAACUUGAAAUCAUAGUCAAAGAACAGUAUGCAAACAUUCAAUAUAGUUCAACAUAGGUUGAAUGAUAGUUCUAAAAAUAAGUUAAGAAUAUCACUAAAUAAAAUAUUAAGCAUAAUAAUUAUCUUCCUAAUUUCUUAUGACUUGGACCAAACGUAACUUCCAUGUAACAUGAAGUCAUAGUCAAGGAGCUGUAUGCAAUCUUUCAAUUUAAUCCAUCAUAGGUUGACUGGUAGCCAUUUUCAUCUCAAAGCUUAAGUUUUAUUUAACAGAUAAUAAAUACUAAUAAAUUUAGACCAGAUUUUUCAAUAGUUGGAUAAGUUUUAACUGUAGAAUAAGUUUGGCGUAUUGACAAUUUCAAUAUGGGAAAUAAUUCAAAAUGAGUCCUAUUCUUUAGUUAAAACUAACGAUUCAAAAAUCUGCCCUUAAAGAAUUAUCUUUAUCGAGCAAUUAAUUCAUCAAAUAUUUUUAUCAAUACUUUCAUCAUAGUCCAUCUUUUUGAGAAUAAAUUAGUGACGACAUGACUUAACUUAAACAUAAAAAAAGGUUAUUAAUAUAAUAUUAGCUAUUGGUUACGUUAAAUUAAAAAUGAUGUGACACAUUUUAAAACUUAGUUUGGUUUACUGUCCCUGCAAUGAACCUUGGCUCUUACACUAUUAUCAGAGCGUCGACUAACAUACCAUUUUUGCUGUGUCAAACUGUAACAUAAAGCGCAAUGUUGCAAUGCUGUUGUAUUGACGUCACAUUCUCAUAAUGCUUGAGCUCUUUGAUUGCUAUAAAUACAAUCCAUACUAACAUGCUAUAAAAAUGAUUACAAUUCAUUUAUUUAUAAUAUGAUUUUAUAGCUUGCACUGUGAUGUAAGAAUUAGGUAAAUUGUUAAAUUGCAUUAUUAAAGUAUGAUUCUAUUGAAAUGGUCCGACAUCCGGUAGCUAAAUCGAUGAUAUUUUAACGAGUAAACAAUUAUACCACGGCUUUGCCUCUUUACUAAUAGGUAUAGGUAAUUAUUUUAAUGAGGAAUAAAAAACCUGAUUUUUUAUUCCCACCUAGCAACAACUACUUAACAUACACAAGUUAUAAUAAGGCAAAGAAGUCAAACCUAGGAUGCAGGGAGAUAGUUACGGUGUACAUCUUAUCGCUAAAAAGCGAUCUCUUCCAGCCAACCUUCAUACCAUUGCUAAAACAUUAUAUUGAUUGACUAAUUAAUUAUGUAAAAGUUUAUUAACUAUGUAUUGUAUGUAUGCAUCAUUAUUAUGAACAAUCUGAAUUAAUUAUGAAAACAAAUCAUAACUAAUUUUAACGUAAAACUAAUUUUCGAAGCGUAAUAAUUUCAAUAAGUCUAGUAUAUUUUUUACAUAAUAAGUUAAAUCAACAUUUUAGGAUAAGAUGAUUUUAUCAUUUCAAGUUUAAUUUUAAACUACAAUAACGUCAAAUAUUUUAAAAUGUUAAUUAAACCUUCAAAAUCAUGCAGUAUUUAUAAAGUUUUAGUUUAAAUCAAAUCAUGAUUUUGUAUAAUAUUUAAUUCGUCUUCACCAUGGUUAUUUUCAUACAGGCAUUCGCAUCAUUGUCCCAGUUUUCGUAAAUACCUGAGUGUGCAUAAGCAUUAGGCCUGGCGUGAACGCAAUGCGCAAGCUGUAUAAACCGACUGCAGAAAGAGAGAAUAAUGUUUCAAUAAAUUUCGAAUACCUAUUAUGUUUUAUAAAAUAUUUAUGUUCAUACUAACAAAAAUUUGUAUUGAGCGGGAAUCGAACACGCAACCUCUGACCUAUUAGUCCUGCUGCACGCCACUACUCCAUAGGAGAGUUGUUAAGCAGAUACGUAUGUAACGUUUGUGAUGAGCCUAACUUUAUUGCUGAAUUAUCAAUAUUUUCCCUUUAAAUUUGGAGGCUCGCAGUAUGAGCUUCAUUCUGUAUUUCGAAGUGCUUCAGAAGAAGGAACUAGCUCCAGUGACGUCAUAUCUUCAGUAAAUUGUGAGUGUUCAAUAUGUCUGAUUCAGAGUUUGAAGUGUUUGAGCCUGUGCAGAAAGCCAAGCCGAAGAGAAAACUAACAUCUCGAGACACCGUUAGGUCUGACUCCGAGUUUGAAGCGUCUGAACCCGUGCAGAGAGCCAAGCCUAAACGAAAACCAACAUCUCGAGACAGAUCCCAUUCUUCAAAGAAGCCGAAGUCGAAUCCAAAGGAAUCGUUCGACGUGCUGGGAGUUCUGUCGGACGAGGAGGAAGCCAUAGAGAAGGCCACGCGCGCAUCCAACGAGCCGAGGCGGCUCGACAGCAGCUUCAGCAGCAAGACCGCGCACGGCUCGCUGGUGUGGCGCGCGCCGCUGGCCGGCCGCUACUACGUGGAGACGCGCGUCUACAGCGCGGACGACGCGCGCAAGGCGCCCCCGGACCAGCGCUACACCAAGGCGCUCGUCACGCUCAAGGCGCAGCUGGACUCGGAGCAGGCUGAGUGGGACUACUUGCAGAGGUUCCUGAAGAAAGCUAAAACACUGUUUAGCGAUACUAAACCUGUAUUUUAUGAUAAUAAAAUAAAUAAAGUAGGUUUAAAAUAAUAUUGACUUAGGUUUUUUUCCUUUAUUGACCUCGAGUG